CAGAAAAGAAAGUUGAACACAGACGCAGAGUAGCCAGGAAGUCUAGAGUUGCUUGAGCGAAGAAGCAGCAUUUCCAACCAACCACCCAACCAAAUGUAAGCUUUCAUUUCGUCUCUGAUCGAUCUAUUCCAUUAUAUUUUCUUUACAUUUUGAAAAAUUUGGAAAGAAUUGAUAGAGAUCUGGAGUGCUGCAAUCGGGGCCAUAGUUGAUUUGAAUGUCUGGAGAUUCCCGAGAAAGAAAAUAAGGAGGAAUUUUCUCUAGGGUUUCCGCCGUCGCUCAUGACUACUAAGCGCGCUUACAAAUUACAGGAAUUCGUAGCACAUACUUCCGCCGUCAAUUGCCUCAAGAUUGGCCGGAAAACUUCGCGGGUUCUUGUUACUGGCGGAGAAGAUCACAAGGUCAAUCUGUGGGCCAUUGGCAAACCCAAUGCCUUACUGAGCUUGUCUGGACACACAAGUGGCAUUGAUUCGGUCAGCUUUGAUUCCUCAGAGGUGUUAGUUGCUGCCGGGGCUGCAAGUGGUACCAUUAAGCUUUGGGAUUUAGAGGAGGCUAAGAUUGUUCGCACCCUUACUGGUCACAGAUCCAAUUGUAUAUCUGUCGACUUCCAUCCUUUUGGAGAGUUCUUUGCAUCCGGUUCCCUGGACACAAAUUUAAAAAUAUGGGAUAUCAGGAAGAAGGGCUGUAUUCACACAUAUAAAGGCCACACACGAGGUGUCAAUGCCAUCAGGUUUACUCCAGAUGGACGUUGGGUUGUUUCUGGUGGAGAGGACAACACAGUCAAGUUGUGGGAUCUGACUGCCGGAAAGCUCCUGCAUGAUUUCAAAUGUCAUGACGGCCAGAUACAAUGCAUAGACUUUCAUCCCCAUGAGUUCCUGUUAGCAACAGGUUCAGCAGAUAGGACAGUAAAAUUUUGGGAUCUUGAAACAUUUGAGCUAAUUGGCUCUGCUGGACCUGAGACAACUGGAGUGCGUUCUUUGACUUUUAGUCCUGACGGAAGGGCCCUGCUCUGUGGUUUGCACGAAAAUUUGAAGGUAUUCUCGUGGGAACCAAUUAGAUGCCAUGAUGCUGUGGAUGUGGGUUGGUCGCGAUUGUCAGAUCUUAAUGUUCAUGAGGGAAAGCUUCUUGGAUGCUCCUACAAUCAAAGUUGUGUUGGAGUGUGGGUUGUAGACAUCUCGCGCAUUGAGCCAUAUGCAGUUGGUAAUGCUAGCAGAUUGAAUGGGCCCUCAGAAUCAAAACCAUUGGCUGGUGGUAAUCUGUCUGUACUCAAUGAGAACGCUGCAAGGUCUAGUUUAGGCCGGCUCUCUGUUUCUCAGAGUACAGAUUCUCUAGUGAAGGAAACAAAAUCCCUUGGAAGGUUAUCAGUUUCCCAAAAUUCAGAUCCCGCCAAGGAGCAAAAAUGUUUGACAUCUACUGGAAGUGUUCCUGGUACUCCUCAACGAGUCAGUCUGAACUCCAGUCCAAAAACUAUUGUUGCUAGUUUAGUGCCAGUUCCUAGUGCAACAUCCCUGAAAAGGACUUCUAUUAAGACCAGUGUCCCAACAUUUAAUAAGGUGGAUGUCAUACCUGUAAUUGUGCCUAGAACCAGUAUGAGGUCAGAGCUGGGAGCCGAGUCCAGAAAAGAAGCCAGUGUUGCUGGCAGAACAAUGCCAUUCCAAUCUCAGUUAAAGACAAAUGAUUUCCGAAAGUUUUCCAAUACCAGAGAAGAAGUGGAGAAGCCAACUGUCUCUAUAGUGUCUGAAUCGACUACUUCUAUGGCUACCGAGUUAAGCAGCACUGUAGAUAGGAGCGGUUUCUCAACAGUUAUAUGCUCAAGCCAAGGAAUAGAUAGUGCUGAAAAAAACAUGAAGGAUGACAGAUAUGUUGGACAUGGGAAGCAGGAAAUAAGUUCAUCGUUACAUCCAUCUGCUAGCUACCAGCAUGAAAGUUCUGAAACUCGAGGGCAUAAGGUGAUGAGAGAUGGAUACCCUGCUGAAGGUCAAAGAGGAGGAAGAAUGCGGUCAAUUGCUGUGAAUUGGGAGAGAAGAGAGAGAUGUUCUAACUAUGAAGGACCCUUCUCCGAGACUACCCUGGGAUCAGCAUCUGCAGUGAAUCCUUUGAAUGCGUUUAAGCAGAGAGGCUAUACUACAUCUACCGAAAAAGAAACGGUAUCUGCUUGUGAUGAGGAUGCUAUUGCAGAUCUUUUGGAAAAACAUGACCAAUUUGUUAGCACCAUGCAAUCUCGUUCAGCCAAGUUACAGGUAGUCUAUAGAUUUUGGCAGAGAAAUGAUGUUAAGGGGGUGAUUGGUGCAAUGGAGAAGAUGUCGGAUCAUGCUGUUAUUGCGGAUGUAGUUAGCAUUAUGACUGACAAAAUUGACGUUGUCAACCUGGAUGUAUGCACUUGUCUUCUGCCACUACUCACUGGCCUUCUAAAAAGCAAAAUGGAUAGGCAUUUAGGCAUUUCUUUAGAAAUGCUGCUCAAGCUGGUUAGAAUAUUUGGUUCUGUGAUAUAUUCAACAUUAUCAGCGUCAUCAUCUGUUGGUGUUGAUAUUGAGGCCGAACAAAGAUUGGAACGCUGCAACAUGUGUUUCAUGGAGCUUGAAGAGGUCAAACGCUGUUUGCCUGCUCUUACCAGAGGAGGAUCAAUAGCAAAGUCUGCACAAGAGUUGAAUCUAGCUCUUCAAGAGGUUUCAUGACGGAGUUAAUUUAUGCCAUUGUAGAGCGGGUUUGCGUUCUAAAGCAAUGCACCCAUCUUCUUUCAAAACCUGAUGAUUUAAUGGUUGUGUUGCCUGGCCCUGGCUUGGGCACUCCGUUGCUGUACAUUAGUGCUAACUACAAGCUGGUUCUAACUAUUCACUAAAGAAACGAGAGGCUAAUUGACAUGUCACCCCCCUGCAUCCUGUUUGGGCAAUUUGCAAAUAUCAUUUCAUUUCUGCUCCGUGGAGAAGAGACGACAAAUCCACCUCCCUAGCUGUUUACAAGUCGGUCAAAUUAAACUGUAUUUUGUGGCCACCUAAAUGCUGAUUUACGUGUGUAAAAUAUUUUUGUUCCAAUGCAAUAGAUUGGUGGGUAGUGUAA